AAUUUUUAAAAAAUCGCUGUCCAGCGGGAUGUCACCGCCAGCGAUUUAGCGAGUCAGAUGGAGAGAGAUCUUCAUGGUGACGACUCGAAACCGGGGUGCAGCAAAAAGAGUGCAAAGCCAAAGCAGCAUAAAAAGAACCGGUUAGCUCAAGGUGCGGUAUCAUCAGAAGCUAUCCUCGGGAGUAUCCCUUCUAAGGUAGUGGAAGAUGGUACUAGGGCCGAAGUAGAUGCUAAGGAUGGGAACAAACCAUCAGAAGCAGAACCGACUCCAUCGACAAUAACCAUAAAAGCACGCACUAAUCCGAAUCCGGGGUCAGGUGGUCAAAACGACUCACUAUACCGUGAUUCGCUUAGUGGAGUGGGCAAGAAAUGGUAUAGCAGAUUCCUGAGGCAAGGCUUGUCUCGGGAAGAAGCCAAGGAAAAGAUGGAGGAGAGAAAGCUAGUAAAUUCAAGCGAACCACCCAAAAGCCAAGACCAGGGUAAGCGGAGGAGCAACCAAAUAACUCCUCCUCAGAGGCAAGAAGUUAAAAAGCCCAGGACAAAUGCAACUGUCAAAACUGGACUUAGUACCGUCAAGGCACGUGCUGAAGCACUGGGCUUAAGCUAUGCAAGUGUGGCAACUGGAGUUAAGGUUGCGGUCCUACCUAAGGAUUUUCCUGAGGCAUCUCUCAGUGCUGACGAACUGUCAACACUGGAAGAGGCCAUAAUUGAGGAGGUGUCCUUGGGAUGGACACACAAACUUAAAUUCAAUGGACUGCAUUAUAGAACAGGCUUACUUUUAGUUGACUGCGUAGGGCAACCUACAGCAGAUUGGCUAAAACUAAAAGCCUCAGAAUUGCAAAAUUGGAAGAGUACCGAAUUGAUGGCAUGCUUGGGAGACGAUAUCCCCAAAAUGCAGCACGUCAAUAUAUUCCUUCCAAAAAGCAGUGGGCAAGAGGACAAGAAGUCAUUGGCUCUUAUCCAAGCCCAAAAUGAAGGACUGGCAAUCCAGGCCUGGAGGGUGCUCAAAAGCACGGCAGAAGGAAAGGGGCAACUGAUGGUGAUCAGCAUUGAUGCCAAGUCGGCCGAGGCUAUAGUGAAGGCUCAACAUGAACUUCACUAUAAAUUCGGCAAAAAUGGUGUAUCAGGCCUAAAGAAACCAUCAGUGCCUACUACCUUGCAUAAGCAGAAUGAAAGGGGCAACUGAUGGUGAU